AUUGCGACUCCUUCACGUAGAAUGUGACACACAACAAAAGAUACACUGAGGAGUGGAGUAUUAUUAUAUUUAUAUUAAUACAUACCAACAGCAUUAUUAGUGCGGUGAUUUUUUCUUUUAUUUCCGCUUGGUGUAUAAGUGACGUUCACCAUGUAAUCGUGUGAUUAUAUCAGUGAUCUUUGUUGCGUGAUGCUAGUUUAAUCAAUGCAAGUGCUUGGUAUCUUAUAAGUACUCUGUUAUUGCAUUCAAUCGAUUUUAUCGUGCCUUUAAUCCUUACGCAUUCUUUACUAUAUCACUACUAAUCACUAUCAAGGAGGAAUUAUCGUGAAGCGGAAACCGCUAUAUUGGAGAGGAAACGGGAGAGCGGUCUGCCGCUCGCAUUUCCGUGUCUGUCGCGCCAGCGACAUUCAACUCAAUUGGAAAACAAUGACGAGAUGAUUGCUCAGCUGGCGGUGAUGGGCGGCGGAAGUGGCGGUAGCGGUGGUGGGAGUCGUGUCAGUCGUGGCGGGCUUACUUUGCACAGAUCAAAUUCCAGCCUAGAAUUACCCCACAGUCCAGAACGUUCAGGACGGACACUGGAUGCUCAGCCACUUCGGCGAGAGUAUGGAUCCCACGGAAGCAUCGAUGUGGUGGCAGGACAGUGCAGUCCAGCAGGCGGUAACGCAACAGGAGAUCAUAUCUUUGCGAUGCUUCAAGAUUUCAGGAGUGGAAGAGCAUCAGCAGAUCGUCUUCACCCGCAUGGAGAUUCUGCUGGUGCUUUAAAUGUGGGUGCAUCUACUGAUGAAGUGUGUGGACCUUCCGCUUCCAGUCCUAAACUAAGACUUAAACUCAAUAGACUGUGGGGUGGUAAGGAAAGUAAUUGUCCAUCAGGAGCAUCAACACCUGGAACUGUUGUGUCUAGUGAUCUUGAAGAAAGACAUCGUAGACGAGCUUUUGUUCAUUAUGAUACUCAAUCGCUCACUGCGAACCUUGGGUAUGCAGCUAAAUUGAGAGGAAUCUUGCUUGCAAGAAGAAGAAAUACUGCAACAGGUGCAUCUGCUGCUAGUACAAUAAGAUCACCAACACCUGAUAAUGAAGCAGAAGGAGCGGAAACUAAAGAUGAUCCCGGAGAUGGUAAAAGCAAUGAGUUACUUGAAUCUUGUCCUUUUUUUCGCAAUGAAAUUGGCGGAGAAGGUGAACGAGAAGUUGCUUUGGCGCGAUCUCCUAGUGCAACUAUCGGUGCUCAUAGGCCUUCUUUGGCUUAUGGAGUUUCUGUAUUGGAACCGCCAAUAGGAGAAACACUCUGGAAACACACCUGCCCUUUACGUAAAAGACUUCUACCGAUUGAGAGUGUUGAUGAAGGUGCAAGAUAUUAUCGGAAAUAUUUCUUAGGUAAAGAACAUCAAAACUGGUUUGGAAUGGAUGAGCAGCUUGGACCAGUAGCUAUUAGUAUACGUAAAGACAUUAGUCAUUAUAGAGUGAUCGUUCGUACAUCAGAACUUUUAACUCUUCGUGGUUCCAUUGCUGAGGAAGCUCUAGGACUACGGAAUCAUCCGGGUAAUAGAAUACCAACGAGAGAAAUUUUAGAACUGGUAGCACCGGAGGUUCAAAUUGGAUGUCUGAGGCUUGGAACACCGGCUGCAGAGGAAGCUCUUUGUAGAUUAGAUGAGCAGGGUCUCUCUAAUCGUUAUAAAGUAGGAGUGUUAUAUUGUCGAGCAGGGCAACGUACUGAAGAGGAGAUGUAUAAUAACCAGCAUGCCGGACCUGCUUUCCUUGAAUUCUUAGAUACAGUUGGUCAGAGAGUGAGACUGAGAGGCUUUGAAGGAUAUAAAGCUGGUCUUGACACGCGAACAGAUUCCACUGGUACUCAUGCGGUUGCUGCAACUCAUCGUGGAGCUCAAGUGACUCUUCAUGUUGUCACUAUGUUACCUUUCACGCCGAAUAAUCGACAGCAAUUGCUGAGAAAACGGCACAUUGGCAAUGAUAUUGUGACUAUUGUAUUUCAAGAACCUGGAGCAUUGCCUUUUAGUCCGAAACGAAUACGUUCGCAAUUUCAACAUGUAUUUAUAAUCGUCAGGGCAAUUAAUCCAUGUACAGAUAAUACACAGUAUUGCGUAGCAGUUUCUAGAAGUAAAGAAGUACCAAUUUUUGGCCCUCCAGUACCACCAGGAGCUAUUUUUAACAAAGGAAAGUCUUUUGCUGAUUUUAUUCUUGCUAAAGUAAUCAAUGCUGAGAAUGCAGCUCACAGAUCAGAAAAAUUCUCAACAAUGGCGACAAGAACGAGACAAGAAUAUUUAAAAGACCUUGCGGUUAAUUAUUCUUCAGCGACUCUCAUCGAUACCGGCCAAAAGUUUUCUAUGUUAUCUUUUAGCAGUAAAAAGAAGGCUCCGAUACGUCCGAGAUUAGCUUGUGAUGCCUCUCAACGUGGUGCUAUUUGUUGGCAAGUGAUACUUGAAGAGAGUAAUCAAAAUACUGAUUGUUAUUUGGGUAUUAGCGUAGAUACUAUUGUAUUAAUUGAAGAACACUCAAGACAAGUUGUUUUUGUGUCACCGUGUGUAAACAUACUUGGAUGGCAUGCUCAAACAAAUAGUCUUCGGUUGUAUUACCAUCAAGGAGAAUGUAUAAGCAUUCAUGUGCGUCCAGAUUAUUCAGAAAGAGAUGAAAUAAUGGAAAUCGUUGCGCGACUCAGAGCCGUAACUCAAGGAUCUCCUGCAUCAGAGCUAUCGUUAAGGAGAAAUUCUCUUGGGCAAUUGGGGUUUCACGUUCAGCCCGAUGGAGUAGUCACUCAGGUCGAAAGUAUGGGUCUCUCUUGGCAAGCUGGACUUAGACAAGGUUCGAGACUUGUUGAGAUCUGCAAGGUCGCUGUGUCGACCUUGAGUCAUGACCAGAUGGUAGAUCUGUUAAAAACCAGUGCUCAAGUGACCGUGACCGUUAUACCUCCAACGAAUGACGGGCAACCGAGAAAAGGUUGUUCGCUGCAAACCUGUCAGUAUUUAUCUGCUAAUUAUGAGAGUGACUAUGAGAAUGUAUCGAGCUCUGAGAACGUGCCGAGUCAACAGAUGGCUCAGCAAGUUCAAAAGAAUUAUGAAAGAUCUCUAAGUCCCCCACGAUCAAGUAAUAGCUCUGGAUAUGGAACUGGAUCUAGUUCUCGAUCAUUUAAUGAUCCACGCUUUGUUCAGGAAAAUUCAAUGACAAACGUGAAUACUAACCAUGAUGAACGGUGGUAUGACCUUUAUGAAGCUCCUGAACAAAAUGCAAGUCAUCGAACGGAUGGAACACCACCGCCACCUCUUCCGGCUCGAGUGAAGAAUGAUCCGGCUCUUGGGAAAGCUGAUGGACUUAAACACUAUCAUGAAUACUAUUCAAAAGAGCCUAAUUAUGUGUCUCCGCGAGUCAUUCAUGAGAAUAAUUAUCAACGACUUGAUGAAGCUAAUCGGAGUAAUCAAGAGGAACCAAAUUAUGCCAGGAUGCAAAAAGAUAGUCAUGGAUAUUGGUAUGGUCAUCAAAAAUUAUCGACUUCCACUUCAUUACCUUUAAACCAAAAUUCUAACUAUUCCAAACCAGUGAACAGCAAUGGAAUUCGUUAUAACGAACAAGUAAAUGGUAAUGAACAAGGAAUUGUUUAUGAUAACGAUUCUAAUCGUAUUAUUCAACGGAAGCCAAAGGAUUAUGAAACAAGAGUAGAGUGGGACCGAAGUAAAAAUAAAAAUGAAAAUUAUGAAGAAUCAAGAAUUGUCGAGAAUCAAAAUGUGACUUCUUCUGCACAUAAUCAUGAAUCUAACGGUAAACUUCGCGAGAGACCAGUAAGUUCUUAUGAGUUUUUGCAGAAUGAUUGUGAUAGAAAAAAUGGCGAGACUUCAGAUGGCAAUCGACGAGUUUCCGACUUGAAUUACGAAGUAACUUUACAACGUGAUGAUGGUGUUAAUUCAAAUUGCGAGACAGCACAUGAAUUUUUAAUUGGUGAGAAAGUAACUUGCCUUAAGAACAAUUUGCCUGAGCGAGUUCUUACGCGGAAAUUAACACAUGAAUAUGGGAGAAAGGAUUAUGCUUCAUCAAGUUUACCACCGGAAAUGAGAAUUUUAGAAGGUACUGUUGUUGAAACUGUAACUCCAAGUGAAGAUGAAUCAUCUACGUCUCGAGAAAAUUCAUCUCCAGGAUUAAGAAGAGCCGGAAAGCAUAGGGCUAAUCCGAGCCCUCGAAAUCAAUCUCCUCGACCAAAGUCUGCAAUAAGAAAUCCUCACAGAAAUUCAGCAAAUUUAACUUCUAGCACACUUCAAGAGGACUUGAUGAAGUUAAUUAAUCCAGAUUAUAUCGCUGACGAUAAUCAUAUACCUGGUAAUACAUUGAGUGGCAACAAUGACAGUAAUUAUACCGACAAUGUGAAUAAUAACCGGGAGAGUAAUGCGAUUAUUACAGUUGAAAAGAAUAAUGAUGGCUCUAAAAUGAUGGGAAACAAUAAUAGUCAUAAUAAUAGCACCAGCAAUAAUAAUAGUAAUAACAAUAUCAACGAGUUGGAGAUUCAAAAUAGAUGUAGAUCAAGAGAGAAUUUGUGUGGGACGAGUACAUCUACAUUAAGUGUUUUAACUCCAGCAAAUCGCCAGGAUAACACUAAUCCUGGAUCAGAAGUGAUUUUAACUAUGGCUAGGCCUGCUACAGUUAUCUCUAAUACCAGUACAAAUUCAAGUCCUGCUCCAAGUGAGAAUAAAUUGUCUAAAGAAGAGAGGUUAUCACCUCGUGUUACUAAAACACCACAUGUGCCUUUAAAAACAGCAAAUAACUUGAAUACGUCAAUUCGGGAUGGGAAAAGUGAAGGAGAAAGUGACAACGACAACACAUGGGUGAAUUGUCAUGCUGAUGUUAACAAUGCUAGGUCUUUGAAACAACAUGACCCGGAAUGGAGUGAUGAAAAGAUUUACGACACCAGUAGCUCAGUCACUGAUUUACAAAGUCAUUUAUCAAACCUAGAAUUGAGAGUUGCACGUGAAACACGUAGACGAUUGUCUCUAGAAGAUGAGGUUCGAAGAUUGAGAGAUGAAAAUCGUAGACUUCAAGAUGAAAAUCAUGCCGCUGCGCAGCAAUUAAGACGAUUUACUGAAUGGUUUUUUCAAACAAUUGAUCAUCAAUAAUAAUAUGUAGAGAUAGUUAAUUAAUACCUUUCAUAAGAAUAAUAAUAAUAACAAACGAAUUAAUAUCCUGUUAAGAAUGUUAAACUGAUCAUACCGAACAACGUCAUUUUUUCUAUUUUGUUAUACAAUUAGUAGAUUAUAUAGAUUUAUAUAUAUAUUUUUUUGUACAUGUCAGAUCGUUUGUUAAUGGAAUUAUUAUUUUUCUUUUGUGUAAACCAAACACUCUCGUUAUCUACUUCAACACGAGUUAAUUAUUCGUGCGUUAGCAGUAUUAAAUAUUAAUUAUCAAUUUGAAACCGUUGAUAAAUAAAGUAUUCAUGAAUGCUCAUCAUAAUAAUGAAUGAUUAAAUCUGUAUUCAUUAAUACAACAUGAAUUUUCAUCAAUAGAAUUUCUAUCAUUGAAUAAAAAAUAAGGAAAAAAGUAAUAUUUCACUGCGUUUAUACGCAAAUAGCCGACCAAAUAUUUGUAUCUUAAGAUUUAUUUUAUUAUAUAAAAGUUAAAUAUUUAUCAACUGCCUUAUAUA